GACGCUUGAUUACGUUAGUAAACAGUACAACAAAAAUAAAUUGUACCAUAAUUAUUGUGUCUCUAUAACAAGAUUGGUAGAUUUGACUAUUCGUUGAAAUUGUCAAUAUAAACGUUGAUAUAUCGCGGAGGUAAAUGCCUAAUAUUGAACUAUAAAAUGACUUUAAAGUUAAGUUAUAUAUAUACACAUUGGAUUUCACUCGAUUUCUGUUAUUGAAAGAUUUAUUUAUGUUUACUAACUUGACUAAAUGUGAACAAUGGUAUAAUUAUGUAAGGUUCUUUAUUUUUUAUGUCUUGUAUAUAAAUGAAUAAAACUAAAGGAAAACUUCGCGGCAAUAAUAUUUAACCUCGUUCAGGAAACUUCAGACGCCGUUUAUAGAAAAUGAGAGACCCGCUCAAAAUCUGUACAGAAAACGUGAAAAGCAGUUAAAAAUGCAAAAUGUGCAACAACGAUCAAACUUUGGACAGAAAAUGUGAGACCUUAUUCAGGAAAUAUUUGUAAUAGUGAGUUAUUUUCUAAACCUUGUGCAGAAAACGUAAGACCUUAUUCAGUAAAUACUUGGAAUACGUGAGCAUUUUUCCAAACCUUGUGCAGAAAACGUGAGAACUUAUUCAGGAAAAAGUUGGAAUACGUGAGCAAUUUUCCAAACCUUGUGCAGAAAACGUGAGACAUUAUUCAUGCAGGAAAUAUUUGGAAUACGUGAGUAAUUUGCCAAACCUCGUGCAGAAAACGUGAGAUUCCUUUUUAAGAUCGCAUACAAAAUAUAGAAUAUCAGAAAAACGUGAGCCAGUUUCUUAAAUUUUUGCAGAAAACGUGCAAUAUCUUAAAACCUCUCUCAGAAAAAUGAACGAAUCAUUCAAUUGUCACUGGCACAGAAUGGGUAACUUUCCAAACGAUGCGCAGAAAACGUGAGAUGUUUUUGAGCGUGAGAUAAUUGCAAGAGGUUCCUUGUGAAGUUAAUUGAUGUAGUGUUUUCUUUUAUAACAAACGAAUACAUCUAAAAUUGUUUUGACUGAGAGAAAAAAAUAAUGCCAAAAAAUGUCUGAAGUCGAAGUGGUGCACAACAAAAGGACUAUUCAUCGUGGGGACGGGAAGAAAGCGGGUGACUCUGAAAACAACAAACAAAGUGUGUUGAAGAAAUUCUCAACAAAGAAACUAUACCGUAUGUGCAUGGUGGCAAGUUGGAUAAUCGUCGUGUUUGCACUUCUACAUAACCUCUCUCUGGCAACCAUGUACACUAUUACCUCAAAACUUAAUAUAAGGAGCUUUAGAAACACGGCAGAACGCGAUCAUUUUUACCACGUGACCUCGAAUUCCGGAGUCCAAAAUAAGGACACGUUUGUUUCCUUGAUUGAAAAUAACAUUCACAUAUACAGUGCAAUAGCUUACAAUUCUACAGUAGGUGCGGGCGUAGAAACAAUAUAUUUAAGUGGCUGGGAAAACAGAAUGUGGUCAAAAUUUUAUAAUCCGGAAAUUACGUGCUGUUUGAUCUAUGCACCUAAUGAAAAUGACAUCAUGAAGACCAAUCUUUCCGAAAAGCAUAACUGGUACUAUGUCGGGAAGUCUAAACUUGAAGUGAAACAGUACAUAUGUCCUAACUUUUUGCGCGGACUGAAUCGGGUACCAAAAGCUGUAUCGCUAGGAAUGGAUAAAAACUGUCCGAAAAAUAAGUCCAAGUAUUUAAUAGUAGACUAUCCGAAGAAAGAAGAGCCGGAUACGGUCGCAGUUUGUGCCAAAUUAGUUUACGAAAAUAUUUCAGCUUCGGCUAUAAUUGAAUGGUUUGAGUACCAGAAAAUGAUUGGCGUUAGUAAAGUCAUGCUGUAUACACACAAUCUAAAUGCGAACGCCAUGAGUGUUGUAAAAUAUUACAAAUCAUCAGGAUUUUGUGAAGCAUUUCCAUUCAAGAAUCCGCAAAUUGGUGAUCAAGAACGUGGUGUAGGCAUAAAAAAUUUCCAAGGUUGGAAUGACGAACAAGUUCCUGUGUAUGACUGUCAGGCGAAAUUAUCUGGUCACACAUACAUUGCUUUAUAUGACGUAGACGAAUUCUUACAUCAAAAUGAAACCAGUAGCUUGCCUAAAUUCCUGAAAAAAUUGAGCGGCUUAUACCCAACUGCGGCAGGAUUUACAUUCAAAACAGAAAUAUAUGCAACAACUUGGGGGCGAGAUAAUGGUAGUUCUUCCAUUCGGGAUCUUAUGAUCGGGUCGUAUACGAUGAGAACCGAAGCUUACCGAGAUCGGGUGAAAUCCAUAGUGAUAGCAAACAGGAUUGAGCCCGGCCGUUUGUUUACGCAUGGCUACUGGGCCAAAAGACCUUACAAAAAACCUGUCAUUAGUGAAAAUUUGGCUACAUUAAAACACUACAGGACCUGCAGAAAAGAAUGGUUGAGAAAAGGCGGAGAAAAAUGUUUCAAAACAAUUGAGAAAACUCGAGACACGUCCAUGUUGCCGGUAGCAGCAAAAUUAAAAGAUAGAGUUAAUGAAGUAAAGAAUAAUCUAGGAAUAACGUAACUCUGCAUUUAUAUGUUUUGUUUAUUGUUUUCUAAUAAAUAUCAAAAAAUGCUAUAGCUCCUUUG